CCAUAAACACGAUGGCAGGCAGGCACCACCAUUAACGACGAGGGGAGAGAGAGAGGCAGAGGAGGAAUCGGGCCAUUGAAGACGACGACGACGACGACCAAGAAGAAGAAAGAUUUGAUACCCCCAUCCGAUCUGUCCAUGGCAUCCAUGGCUGAUGGCUCCGUCCACUGAUGUAACCCCCUCACUCUAAACCCACCAGUCUUCUUCCAAGGGACUCGCCACCGGCGCCGCCGUCGCCAUGUCCUCCUCCGGCGACGAGCUCCUCCUCGUCCACGAGCUCCCGAUGGACAUGCGCACGGACGGCGGCGAGGAGCGCCGCCUGGCCCACCUCCUCCCGCCUCUCGCCGGCGCCCAUGGGCCUGGCCCGGCCCCGUUCCGCCCGCCUCCCCCUCCCUCCGCCGCCGCCGCCGCCGAGUCCCGCGUCGCCUUCCGCGGCUGGCUCGGCGCGCCGCGCCACUGGGAGCUCUGGGUCGCCAAGCUGCGCCCGAUCCACGAGCGCCUGUGGAAGGAGCUCGGGAUCUCCGCCGCCGUCCUCGCCUCCACCUACAGGUUCAAGCGCGACGCCGCCGCCGUGCUCCACCUGGCCUCCUUCUGGUCCCCUUCCACCAGCACCUUCGCCUUCCCCUGGGGCGAGGCCACGCUCACCCUCCAGGACGUGGCCGUGCUGGGGGGGUUCCCCGCCGACGGCUCCCCCGUGCCGGCCCCGCUGCCGCCGCAGUGGCGGCCCGACGAGGCGGCGCUCAACGGGGUCCGCCUCGGCUUCAACCGGAGCGCCUGCAAGAAGGCGCACCACGCCGCCUGGAUGAAGCACUUCCUGGCGGACACCGACAUGGACGCCCACAUCGAGCACGCCGCCUUCCUCGCCCUCUGGCUCACGCGCUUCGUGCUCCCGGGCCACCCGGAGUCCACCAUGCGCCAGUCCCUCUUCCCGCUCGCCGUCCGCAUGGCGCGCGGCGACCGUGCCGCCCUUGGCCCCGCCGUGCUCGCAUCAAUCUACCGGGACCUGCGCGAGAUGAAGAACUACCUGGUGGCUGCCGGCACCACUGGCGGCAAUGCGGAGCUGCUGUCGCCCUUGUCCGUUCAUGCGCCUCUCUACAUCCUCCAGCUAUGGAUGUGGGAGAGGUUCCCCGUGCUCUGGGAUGGGAGGGCCAACCCCGUCGUCGAUGGCGAACCAAGGGCUGCUCGCUGGCAUGAUGUGAGCAAGAAGAUGAGCCCAACCUUGAUUCGCGAGGUCCUCAGUUCAGGGGAGAACUUUGUGUGGCAGCCAUACACCACAUCUGUUCAACAGCAUGGCGGCUGGGUUCGUGGCGGCGAUGUCACCAAGGAUGAGAAAUUGCUAUUGCUCGCGCAUUCUUUGCGUGCUUGUGAGCUCGUGGGGAUGGAUUGCAUCGAGCAGUACCUUCCACACCGUGUUGCAAUGCAGUUUGGACUUGACCAGGAUGUGCCCGGGGAUGUUCACCGAGCCAUUGAGGAUUGGGGGAUUGGAUGGGAGACCUAUGAUUUGGAAGGGAAGAACGUAGCUAUGUUCAUCCCUCACUCUGAACCUGGGGUCACGGCUCGGUACGCACAGUGGUGGAGGCAGCCAUUGCCACCUUCUAAUCGUGAUGCUGGGGCAGGAAGCAUUGCUGCGGAAGGGAAGGUUUCCAAGCGUAAGGUGAAGAAGACACUGGCAGCCAUGGAAGCUGAGGCCGAGAAGGAACGGAAGAUGAAGAAGGCCCGGAUCUCCCCUAAUAAUGAUAAAAAGCGAAAACUUGAAGAGCUGUAUGAUGCGAAGCUGUCAGAUUGGCUUGCAGCUGCGAGGAACGGGAACAGUGGGCCUGGUGGCGGCAGCUGCAAAAGGGGGUCCUCCCCAAAAUCUGAUUCGGUCUUGUUGCCUAAUGUUGGAGCUAUCAAUGAUGAUGUUGUACUUCUUGUGCCAAGGAAGCAGGUGCUAACUCCUGCUGUAAAUCUGAAUACAGAUAGGGAUAUGAAUCUGGAUAGAAGAGAUAAAGGGAACUUCAAAGCUAAGUCACUGGUUGGGACAAAGCACAAAGGCGCAGGUUUGAAGGGAUAUAUAACAUGUGAUGUAGAUUAUCCAAUGAAUGAGCCAUAUAUUAAGGAGGAGGAAGAAGAGGAGGAGGAGGCAGUGUUUUCUACUGAAAUCUCUACAUUUAAUGAAUAUGCUAAGGAUCAAUGGAGCAACAUGAAAAAUACCAGCUUGAUGGUGGGGAAAACGCUUGAUGCCCCUAACAGCGCUGAAGAAGUUAAACGUCCAGUGUCUAUGGAGAAAGAAGAAUGCAAUAGUCCAUUCACUGAUGCCGGUUGCAGUGAGGAUGCUAGAGAGGAAGUUGUCACAGUUGAUAAGCCCGCAAAUUUAUCCAGUGCCUGCAAAGGAGGUGAUGCUGUGAUGCUGGAGUGUGAAAAACUCAAUCUUCCUGAAGACUUGUCUAAUGAUGCCGCAGAUAGACCAGAAGAAGGCACCACUGUUAUUCAGGAGUUGGAGAAUGAAACCGACCUGGCAGUUGAUGCAUCUUGCGAGAUAUCGAAUAGACCUGAAGAAGUUAUUGCUCUAGUCAUGGAAGAGCAACAAGGAAAGGGUGCUGUAGCGGUAUCUGACGAAGGUAAUGUAGUUUCAGUAGUUGGUAGAGCUGCUGAGGGAACAAGUCACUCUACUAAAGUUGUUCCAGGAAGCAAACAAGGAGUUGAUGCAGGUUUAGCUUUAACUGGUAAAAUACUUCCAGUUCAGCAGGCAAAUGAUAUUGGAAUGUCAUGCAUAAUGGAGGAUAUUAGUGUUGCUGCUGGACUUCUGGGAACAAAUGCUGGCAAAACUACUUUAGAUUCUGUUGCCGAGGUGCAGAGGGGGAUAUCUUGUGUAGAAGAGACGGGAGGAGAAAGCAAUCAGAUGUCUAAGAAGGACAGCGAGCAGAAGCCCCAGGAAGCUCCCCAAGUUGACAUUACUCUCAUCGAAAAAGACAAUAAUGAGGGUGAGCAUGAAAACGUUUCCCAGAUAAUGGAGGAACUAGUUACCGACAAUAAUAUUUCUGCUGUUUCUUUGGGUGUUCCUGAAGAGGAGAAUGCAGAUAAAGAUCUGAAUCAAGCAAAGAAAGACCCUGAAUAUAUGCCCAAGGAAGUUUCAGAGGUGGAGGAUGAAGAACAAGAAGUAAUUAAUACCUUGCCAAAGGGAGGUGCAUACAAGGAGCACAAUGAAGUUACUGAAGUAGAGCAUAUAGACACGGCAGAGGCAAAGAUGCAUGCACAGUUUGACAAUGAUAAGCCUGAGGAAGCUGCAGAAACUGGGCUUGCACAGAUGGAUGGUAGCAAGAGGUUAACAGGGAGAGAUACCGAUGGGGAAUCUGGAGAUGUUCCUGAAGUUGGUGGGCAUGCAGAAGUGGGAAAAGCUAGGGAGCUGAUAGAGAACGACACUGAUGUCAAGAUGGUAGAGACUCCUGAUGUAGCGCUUGCAGAAAUGGAAGAGGUGAAGAAUUUGGCAAUAGGAGAUCCAGAGAAGAAGUUUGAGGGAGUUUUUGAAUUAGAAAAUACAGGAAUGGAUGGAACCCACUUGCCAAUGGAGGGCACUACUCACAGUCCAAUGGAGGAAGAUACUGAUGGUAAGCUCAAGGAAGUUUCUGAUGUAACACAUGCAGAAAUGGAAGAUGCAAAGGAUUUAAUGAAGGGAGAUUCAGACAAGAAGUUUGAGCAAAUUUCUGAAGUGGAAAACACAGGAAUAGAUGAAACUCAUGGGCCAGUGGCAGAAGAUACUCAUAUAUUCAAGGAAAUUCCUGAAGUUAAUGCCGAAGUGGAACAAGCCAAUGGGACUGGAAGGGAUAAUGAUAGGCCCGAUGACGUCCUGCAAGUAGAUCUUCCAGCAAAGGAUGAAGCCAAGUGCUUGGCCAAGGAAGAUAUUGAAGACAAUAUUGUAAAAGUUCCACAAGUAAAGCAUGAAAAAUUAAGAGACGAAAUAUCAAUUGAGAAAGUGGUGCAGGAAAAGCCAAAUGCAGGUGACAAGGAUUUACCGGAGAAAGAAGUAGAUGAGUCCAAGGUUUACCAAGUGGAACAAUCAGAAGGGGAGAAAUCCAAGAUGUUAAGGGAAGAAGACGCCGAAGAGAAUACAGAGGAUGCUCUUGGGGUUAAACAGGCAGAAGAACAAGGGGAGGCACUGACAGAAAAAUAUAUGCAUGAUUAUGUUGAGGAAAUUACUCUUGCGGAGCAGGUGGAUGGACAAAGCGAGAUCCGCACAAGGAAAGGUGUUGAGAAAAAUCCUGAAGAAAUCACUCAAGCACAGGGAGAAGAGUUUGAAAAGGAUACAGUGGAAUCUUUGAAGAAUUCAAUCAAUGGUGAGAUGCUAUGUGGCUCAGCUUGCCAACAGUCAAAAGAAGAGCAGAAGGAAGUUUCUUUUGAAGGUAUGAUGGAGAAACAAUGCCCUCAGGAAGAAUCAUCGACUAAUGGAGCUGCUUUGGAGAUUGAAGGGGUAGAUGACCACAAAACUGUCGUGCAUGAGGAAGUGGCUAUGAAACAGAUCCAGGGCUGUGGAAUAGUAUGUCAGAACAAGGAGGCACAAAUACUGGAAGACAGCCAUAUGGCAGACGGUGGAUGGAAUGAUUUGGUUACUAUGGAGAUUUAUGGAACUCAGUCUACAGUAGGAAAUCAGAACCAGGAAGCUUUAGACGUUGACAUGCAAACUAUGGGGCAAAGACAAGAUCUAGGACUUACAGUCGAGAACAAGAAAAUGAUAAUGUCAGGAGAUGCGAAUGUGCUUGGUUGCAGUGAAUUUCAAGCUGAUUCAUCUAAGCCAAAGGUUAACGAUGUCACAUCUACCAAAGGAAUACAGAACCAGGAACAUUUGGACAUUAAGAAAGAACAUGUAUUGGAAAUAGGCUCGGAAUGUGAAACUACAGAUGGAAAUGGAAGACAGAUGGACGUGACCAAUAUGGUAGUGGAUACCAUGGCAGUUACUGUGGAUGCUAACAUGGCUAAGUCUGUUGAAGGAAUACAAAACCAGGAAGCUUGCAGUACUGAGUUGCAGGCAAGUGAGGACAAGCCGCACCAUGGAGUUGGAGAUGUGAGGAUUUUGGAAGACACAGCCACAAUUGAUAGUGGCGAACCAAAUUCAGAUCCAACUAUCGUGGGGGUUGAUAGGAGUGAGUCAAGAGAGGGAACAUGGAACCACUGUGCUUUACGCAUAGAGAAGGAGAAGCAGGAUGAGCGUAUGACAGAUAAGAACACAAAAAGAACCUUGGUCGAGACAGAUGCACCUGAAUGUGGUGAAGCAAAACCUGAUGGGAGCGCAGAAAUGAAUAAAGAGACUCCUACUAUGGUACAAACUGUUAAUAUGACACAGGAUAAAAUUUCUUCCAAGAACCAGCAGAAGGUUGUGCCCUUGGGAGACUACAAUGAAUCAGAGGUCGACGGCUCUAAAUCAAAUCAUACUUCAAAAAAGGAGUCCAAGGGGGCUCUUCAACCAGAGGUUGAACACGAGGUACAAGUUAAACAAGAAAUUUUGGAAGAUAAAACGGAGUUCUCCAUUGGUAGAGAGAAUGAUGAAGCAUCUGAACAAGAGCAAACCUCCACAGAGGAUGCUGCCUUUGCUCCUUCAAGUAUGGAUCACCAGGUUGAGAAUAAUGAUGAAUGGGCUGAAGAGUCGACAAAAAAAUACGGCAAGUAUGCCGCUGAUCCAGUGAACACAGGUUGGCAGACCAGUAAAUUUGGCAGGCCAAGUAUUGAAGAGGUUAGGAGAAUACAUAGUGGCAGGUCUGUUUAUCUGAAAGACAUCAAAGAAUCACAGGGAAGGAUACGUUCUGAAUCAUCAAGCAGAACACAUAUAAACAGUGUUGGAUAUUAUUCUCGACAUGGAGUUCCGGAACCAGUUCCAGUCCGCAAAGAUAUCAAAGUGCCCUUGCAUGAUACUGUGAGGGUUAGUGGAAGAGAUCGUGCACUUGAGUUGAUGACAAGUCCACCAGAAGAGACUUCUCGAUGGAGACAAGAACAAUGUGCACUUCAUAUUUUAGAAGAUGUGCAAACUUCUCGCAUUGCUGAGAAAACUAGGAUGGAGAUGGAGAUCAAAAUACUAAAGGCGCAAAUUGCGAGCAUGCAGAGACAGGUGAUGAACAUGGAUCAUGUUGGUGAGGUUAUGUCCAGAUCAAAAAGGCAUUGACCUUUCCAUUGUCUAGAUGAUGCUAAAAUCUUAGUUUUGCACAAAAAUUUCAUGUGGAACUAUACAGCUUUGCUUUGUGAAAUCAAACACCGGCAUGCUAGUUUGUUCCUGUUGACUGUCUCAUGAAGAUUGAUAUGUGCCUUUUAUUUUGAGGUGAAUAUUAUUUAAGUUACUAACAGUAGAAAAUGAUGGAGAGGAUUACUUUUUCAAUAAAAUAAGCCUCUGGAAGUCA